UUUAACCGUCCUUCUGCAGCGGCGAUGGGCUGCCGGCUACUGCUCGCGACUUUUGCGUCGCUCUGUCUCGCCUCCCUGUUCAACCCCGAUGCCGUCAGCGCAGCCAACGUCUUCUCGUCGGUGGCACACAUGAAGGACCUGAUGUCCCUAGAGCGAAGGCUCGUUUCCAAGGUCGGCGACUUCCUACACCGCAUGGAAACCAAGCUGGACCACCUGCGCAGCUUUCUGAACGACUACUACGAAACAAGGGCGACCAAAGACCGGAAGCUGACACCCUCUUCGACCGAGCAUGAGUACGACACCCGCAUGGCCCGUCGCAUCGACCCGUACAACACCAUAAAACGGCUGUCGGUCGACUGGAACGAGAUAGUGCACCACUUCAGGGUGCCCGACUGGACGGAGAUCGAGAACCUAAUGAUGGAGUCGAACGACACGCUCCCGCGCCCUAGCGACCUGCUGGACGCCGGCGAGGCGCUCGUCCUCAUACAGAAGAUCUACCGUCUCAACCUCACCGACAUGACCAAGGGAGUCAUCAUGGGACACAAGGCAACGUCGCAGUUGACAGCGCGAGACUGUCUGUACUUCGGCCAGCUGCUGUACAGCAAGUAUGACUUCGAGGGCGCCACCAAGUGGUUCGAAGAGGCACUCGCAAGGCUGAGCCUCGAGAAGCAUCCCUCCAUCACGCCAAAGAUGGUGCAUGAUUACCUCAACAGCAGUCUCGAACAGCUGGAGGAAGAACAGCGGUCCGGCACCGUCAUGCCGCAGAUGCCCAGCGUUGAAACGCCUUUCGUCGAAGGAUACCUGGAGGCGUACAACGACCUCUGCCGCGGAGACAAACUCCGGAACGCUACCGAAGAGAAGGACCUGCGCUGUUACUUGAGCGUACCACACCCGUACUUCCUAAUCGGCCCGGUCAAAAUGGAGGUAAUGAGCGUGGACCCCUACAUCGUCCAGUUCUACGACGUCAUCUGGCCCAAGGAGAUACAGGCAAUCCGCAGCAUGGGAGACCCUAUGUUGGAACGUGCCACAGUCGUCGAUGUGUCUAAGGCAUUGGUGGACCCCGGCCGCAUCAGUCAACUGGCGUGGUUAGAUCCAGAGACCGACCCGGUGCUGGAAAGGGUCAACCAACGGGUGGCCAUGCUCACCGGACUGUCCACAGACUACGAGCGUGUACACUCGGAGUUAAUACAGUACGGCUCCUACGGACCCGGAGGCCACUACCUGCCGCACCACGACUACCUGAUGGGGGGACUCACUGAGGAAGAGCUGGAACAAGUAGACGAAGGGGAAAGAAUGGCCGGAGACCGCAUCGCCACCUUCAUGUUCUACCUUUCAGACGUGAGCCUGGGAGGUUUGACUGCGUUCCCCUACGCCAAGGCGAGUGUCCCUCCGCGAAUGGGCUCGGCUGCCUUCUGGUACAACAUGCGCGAAGACGGCAGCUACGACGUGCGCACCUUGCACGGAGGAUGCUCCGUGCUACACGGCACAAAGCACGUUGCGAACCUAUGGAUUCGAGCCAAUGGCCAGAUGUUCAAGCGACCAUGCCCGGCGACGAAACGAAGACGGACGCUGCAUUCUGCGAAGCUGUGAUAGUUGUUACCUGUGUUACCUUAUUUCUUGUUCCUGCUGCUUAGAGUCUCCUUCUUCUUGUGCCUUUCUCUUUGCUAUUUUUUUAUUGAGAACGACGGGUCGUCCCUCUUAGUGUCUGUUGUUUUUAUUUUUAAAUAAAGUGAAAAGAAAAUCAAA